CAAAUGCAAGUAGAAGUAGACUAUCUCUAUGGCUGUGUUUUUUGCGACUCAAGCUACAGUAUUUAAAGGCUUUCUGGAGCCCAAGACCACCAUCAGACGAAUACCAUGGCUACGAACGCCGCGAUAGAAGAUUUCGAUGUAGCGUCACCCCGUCGAAGAAAACCUACUCCGAGCCCAGUAUCACAGCCAGCAGCAGCAGCACCAGCGAUAGGUACUACAGCCUGGGUUAGUGCUUGGUGUUCCUGACGUUUUCUCCAGACGGACGCUACCAGUAUGGCAGUCGAGGGGAGGGAAGAUCAGAACAGUAGGGCUGAAAGUGAGUCAUGCAAUCGGUAUUUUCAAUGCUUUCAGAUGUUGGUAUUUCUUCAUAAUAAUUAUGAAGAGGAAUUUAAAAGGCUAUAUAGGAGUUCAAAUUGCUGAAGAAAUUGGCAGGAUUUAUUGAUAUCUGCCAAGAUUGGUAUAAUUAUAUAUUUGCAGAGUUGGAGUCACAAACCAAUAGGGAUGCCCUUUCAAAGCAGCAGGAAGAAGUCAAUUCAUUUCCUCCUGAUGCAUAAUGAUGAGCAUACACGGUACUGUACACUUCCUUCUCAUAUUUCAAGUUGGUCAAGAUUGCAGCUGCUGCAAAUAAUCCAUUCUUUGGAGCUUACUGAGCUGAGCGUUUGCUUGCUCCUCGAGCAAAAAUAUCACUUGUGCAUCAUGCAUCGGUUUUCUAAUGAGCCUGACCUUGAUGAGGCUGUGAAGAAAAUCACUGAAAACCAUGGUUACAUCUCUGUGGUUACUUCUGACAAAAGGACUCUAGCAUCAUUAGAUAAUAGAUAUUUUAUCUUAUGCUCUUUACUGUAUCAUUGCUCUUUGUAUCUCAUG